CCCUAGCCCUCCUACUAUUUCCGUUCCACAGAAGAAGCCAAACGCCCAAACCCAAGCACGAACGGAAAUUGAAAAAGACGCCAGAAGGAAGUCGCCGAGAGAGAGAGUUGCCGCCGACCGCCAGACGCUGCGGCCCGCCUGCACGCUCCACUGCUGCAGAGUCUAGCCGCUUCCCGCCAGACGCCGCCUCGCCGGAAACUCUCCAGCCUCCAGGUCCAGGAGUCCAGGUACGGAGGUGGUUGCAUCUGAACUUCAUAUUUGCCAGAAACAAUGGAGGAGACGAAGAAGUUUUCAAAGCUUCAAUUAUUUAACAGUAUGACGAAACAAAAAGAGAUAUUCACUCCGAUGAAUCCUGGAAAAGUCGGAAUGUAUGUCUGUGGCAUUACGCCCUAUAACUUUAGCCACAUCGGCCAUGCUCGUGCCUAUGUUGUGUUCGAUGUUCUCUUCAGGUACUUGGAACAUCUUGGUUAUGAGGUUACUUAUGUGCGCAACUUCACUGAUGUUGAUGACAAGAUUAUCAAUCGAGCAAAUGAGCUCAAUCAGAAUCCGAUAGCUUUGAGUGCUUGGUAUUGCGAAGAGUUUCGUAAGGACAUGAAAGAUCUCCAGUGCCGCAGUCCAACGAUUGAGCCGCGUGUCUCUGACCAUAUGGAGCAAAUCAAGAAAAUGAUUGCUCGGAUCAUUGAGAAUGGCUGUGCAUAUCUGCUUGAUGGGGAUGUUUAUUUCUCGGUUGAAAAGUUCCCAAAUUAUGGUCGAUUAAGUGGACGGAAGGGAGAAGAUAAUAAAGCAGGAGAACGUGUUGCGGUUGAUUUUAGAAAGAGAAAUCCUGCUGACUUUGCUUUGUGGAAGGCCGCGAAACCUGGCGAACCUAGUUGGGAUAGCCCAUGGGGUCCUGGAAGACCUGGAUGGCAUAUAGAAUGCUCUGCUAUGAGUGCUGAGUAUUUGACUCAUAGAUUUGAUAUUCAUGGUGGUGGGAUAGAUUUGCUUUUCCCUCAUCAUGAGAAUGAGAUAGCCCAAAGUUGUUCAGCGUGCCCAGAGAGUGAAAUUACUUGCUGGCUACACAAUGAAUUUGUCACAGAAAAUAACUUGAAAGUAUCAAAAUCGUCUAAGCAUUUCAAGACUAUCCGUGAGGUGACAGAAUCGUAUCAUCCCCUUGCAUUGAGGUACUUUUUAUUGGGGACUCACUAUCGUUCUCCAGUAAACUACUCAAUUCCACAGAUGGAAAUUGCAUCAGUAGCAGUUUUCUACAUAUAUCAGACGUUACGAGACUGCCAAGAUGCUGUGAGAGCUGUUGGAGAAAGGGUUAAAGUCGUGAGUGCCAAACCUCGUUUGAGUGCUGCUGCUCAAGAGAGUAUCAAUAAGUUAAAUGACGAUUUUGAGAAAAGAUUGUCUGAUGAUCUACAUACCCCCACUAUUUUAAAUGCCACUCUUCAAGAAGCUCUGAGGUCCAUGAACUCUUCCACCAGCCUCAUCAAGAAGAAGCAGCAACAGGAAUCAACUCUGCAUUAUCUGACUGAAUUAGAGAAGGGAGUUAGGAGAGUGUUGAUGGUGCUAGGAUUGCUGUCUGAUUCGCCCUAUCCCGAGGUUUUGCAGCAACUAAAAGACAAGGCACUGAAGAGGGCAGGUUUGAGCGAGGAUGAUAUUUUGCAAAAAAUAAACGAACGAGCCGAGGCAAGGAAGGCGAAAGAAUUCUCAAAAAGUGACGAGAUCAGGAGCGAUUUAAGUGCCAAGGGAAUAGCUCUAAUGGAUGCUGCAAAUGAAGGUACCCUUUGGAGGCCCUGUGUGCCAGUUGGUAUUUCAACUUUGUAACAUUUUCACCACACACACACACACACACACAAUUAGAUAUUCUCAGGUUGUUUUGAAAUAUUUACACUUACUGGGGUGUUGAAAUAUAUAAGAAUGCCAAGUUAAGUGCUACAUGUUUGGUUUGAAUCCCACUAGAUGAAUAUAUUCAUCUCGUUUUGUGCCUUCAACUUUCCUACAUACUCACUAUUUGUGCCUCCUGAUUUCACUAACAAAGUAAAGAAAUUUUUGAUCAUUUU